UUUACUCGCGAGGUCGAGUCUUCCUUUUUUCCUCUCGUUCUCGAUGAGAACAUUCGCGUUAUGGGAUGGCGUCCGAUAGCUACUCCUCUCAAGCCACCCUUAUUGAUUUUCCCGUGUAGGCGCACGCGCCAUCUCGUUCCCGAUUUGCGACAAGGGGGGUGCGGCUAUCACCAUGGAUCCCAGUGUACUCGCCACCAUGGACAAGGACGCACUGAAGAAGCAGAUAGAGAACAUGAAAUACCAGGCGUCCAUGGAACGGUGGCCCCUGUCGAAGAGCAUUGCGGCGAUGCGGGAAUACGUGGAAGAGAACGAGAAGAAUGACCCACUGAUACACGCGCCCGACAAGAAGAACAAUCCCUGGGCCGAGAAAGGCAAGUGCAUAAUCAUGUAAUCUUGGGGCCGGAGCGGUGGAAGGGCAACGGAAGAAGAAGGAAGCGUGCAUUCGAACCGAGAAGGAGAGGAGUCGGUCGUUCAUCCGCGGCAAAAGGAAUCUCAGGCGGAGAUCGGGCAGCGAAGAGAGGAGGUGGAGGAGGAGACGAUGGAGAAGGAAGAGGAAGAGACGCCGGUAGACGUUCGAGUUGAGUUGCGGUUCGAUCGGUUCGCGGUUCGCGGAUCUACCCGGAUCGUGGAAAUACCGGCACCGCCGAAAAUAGGAAUACGUGCGUACGAUCGAUCCCGUACGGUCGAUCGGAGAUCUGGACUGAAACAAAUCGUUUGCCGGACCGUUCCGUUUCCUUCGGGGCUAUUCUACGAUCGCGCGCGGCAUGCGGUUUCGCUGGCCCAAAUCCCAAUUCGCGUCGUCUCGUGAGGUAUAUAUAUAUAUCGUUAUCUUUCGCUGAUCGUGCCACUUGAAACGUAAUCGAAAAACAUCCUGUAGUAACUCGAAAUCUGCACAUCAAGCGAAGCUAAAAAAAAAAAGCUAUUAUGAGAUACAAACGAAAGGAAGAUACGAAAACGACAUCGUUAUUCGCGCGAUCGAUUUUAUGAAGAAAUCGCCAUUAACAAUUUGCGUCGAACUUAAACAUUCUUCGUUCGGCAAAGUACCAAGGGAGAAAACACAGACGAGAGACGAGAGAAAAGGAAAA